AUGACGGCGCCCCCACUGAUUAUAGGUGCAGCCCAGCGUGCGGUGAACCAUCUCACGCUCGAUGGAGCACGUCGUGUCAGAAUCGACCUGCCAGAGAUGCUUGAUCUCGACGAUCUCUUGGCGACGCUGCACUCUUUUCAGGGAAGUUUUGAUGUCCGCGUACGGCAAGCGAGCGGCUCGUUGUACGUCCUCAAUCUGGCUGAGUGCCAUGGGUAUCUUUCUGCAAUUCGACAGAAGCUAGCGGUGUCUCGACGAAAUCAUCGUGAGUUCAUCGAUUGCGAGGUUCUGAAGGCUGAACAGUGGGAGGACUGCGUCGACGAGUCCAACCCACUAGAAAACUUGAUGGCAUGCCUCUCGAUUUGGGGUAAUAUGCCGAGCCGCGCAAGCUACUCGUACGUUCGAAGAGGCCAGUCAUCCACAGAGGAGGACAUGGACGUUGAAGACAGCACUGACCGCGCCGUCGUCAUCAUGGCCGCCCAACUGUCUCGGAUCGUAUGUCGAAAGCUGGAGGUCAGCGCAUACAGCUACUUGCAAAAGGUGCUCAACGAGUGGUCGACUUUGAGUGCCAGCGAAGUCCAGAAGUUUGUCCGCGAGCUUGGGCUCGUGCUAUUGACUCUUCGAUGGCGAAUUUCCUGGUGGACUCUUCUGGGCGACGGAGGCAACACGCCGGACACGAAGGGCAAGGAAGCGUUUGCGUAUCGUGUCCACAGCCUGUGCCGGGUGCUGUACUUCUACUACUGCAUGAUGCGGCGAAAGUUGCCGACAUGGUCUUCGAAGAAAGAAUUCUACGGGACAUGGUCGACGUAUCCGGAUACAGCGUUGCCGGUGUUUGAGGAGUUCCCGGAGGAAGAGUCUCUAAGUGGCUUUGAAGCUUGGAUGCGGAAUGGACAGAGACUCAUCUUCACUGCUGGUGUUGAGGGGAAGCUUGCUGGUAUUGGACUUCGUCAUGAGCGGGUGUGA